AUGCUUUCGACAAAAGACGAUUAUAAAGUUGUUAUUGCCUACGACUUUGGUACAACUUAUUCAGGGGCUUCUUAUGCCUUUACUCACAACACAACGCCUGAAGUAUUCGAUGUCCAAAAAUGGCCACACAAGGGAGGCAACUUCUAUCCCAAGACACCUACUUUAUCAGCCUAUAAACGAUCUGAUCCAUCCAAAAUGAUUGAAUGGGGUCAUGGCGCCAAGAAACUUAUGCUUAAACCACAAGCCGCCAAGGAAAAUAUCACCCUUGCCAACUUUAAACUCAAUUUAGACGAGACACUCCAGCGAGGUGUAGCAGAGAAUCAAAAUAAUAUUGCAGAUUACUUGAAGGCAUUACACCAACAUGUUUUGGAAGACGUGACAAGAGGAUUUGCCAAGAAUUAUGAUCCAGAUACAUUUCGUUAUUGUUUGACAGUGCCUGCCAUGUGGUCUGACUUGGCAAAGAACUCCAUGCGCCGUGCAGCCAUCAAGGCCGAAUUGAUUAAAAAGGAAGACCCUCAAGAUAGACUGAUUUUGAUUUCAGAGCCAGAGGCUGCUGCCCUGUACUGCGAACGUAUGUGUGAACAAGUGAAUCUGAAAAAGGGAGAUCGCAUGAUGAUUUGUGAUGCUGGUGGCGGUACUGUGGAUUUGAUUGUGUUUGAAGUGAUGAAUGAUUCUAUUCAGAGUAACAACAGACUUAAGGAAGUCACAAAAGGUAUGGGCGAGAGUUGUGGUAGUGUUUUCCUGGAUCACAACUUCAAGACAUUGAUCAUGGAAAAACUGGGCAAACAAGCAAAUCAUAUACCGCCUGCUGCUAUCAACAAUCUGAUGGAUCAAUUUGUAGACAAUAUCAAGCCUGAAUUUGAUGGUCUAGAUGAUCAUUAUCUAAGCUUGCCAGUGUCUAUCAACCUGGAUCAACUCAAUACACACGAUGAUAGUCUGGAUGAAGGCACUAUGGUAUUAAGAGCAGAUGAAUUGAAACAAAAAGUAUUUGAGCCGGUUGUUCAGCGUGUAUUAUCGUUGAUUGAGAAACAGUAUAGCCAAGUACCUGAUCAAAAGGUGUCCUGUGUAUUUCUUGUAGGUGGAUUUGGUUCUUCCAAUUAUUUGUUUCAACGUAUACAAGAAGCAUUUGGACAUCAAAUCCAACAAAUUCUAUGUCCUCCAAGAGCUCCUAUGGCUGUUGUUCGUGGUGCAGUCUAUUUUGGACUAAAUCCAAGAGUGAUUAAAUCUCGCGUGUCUCGCCGUACUUAUGGUAUUAAUGCAGGCCUACCAUUUGAUGAACGCCUGGAUCCUAUUUCAUCUCGAGUUGUUCGUCCUGAUGGUAGUAUACGAUGUACUUCUCGAUUCCUCAUGUUUGUUAAAAAAGGCGAUGUGUUACCAGUGGAUCAUUGUAUUCGAGAAAAGAUGUUUGUGUAUUAUGGUAUGAUGAAGGCGACAGACAUCAUGCUGUAUGCUACAGAAGAUGAUAAAGAACCACGCUACUUUGAUGAGCCGCAAGUCAAACAAGUGGCGGCUAUUUCAGUGCCAAUUCCUCGAUUACCCAAUGUUGCUCAUGGUGAACGUAUUGCUUAUACUGUCAGGUAAAGAGACACAAACCUAAAGAUUUUUAUUCACUUAAAUUAGAAUGUACUUUGGUCUAACUGAAAUUCGAAUGGAAGCUGAUUUUGGCACAGGUAUUGUGCAUAAAGCUCAAUGUACAUUUGACGCAUCAGAUCGAUAUGAAGAUGAAGAUUAACACAAAUGAUUCCCCCUUGCUUCUCUUUUAUAUAUAUAUCUAUUGUACAUCUUUAAAUACAUAUAAUUCCUUUAAAAACUGUAUAUUUUUUUUUUGAACAAUUAAAUACAUUGAAUAAAUUAUUACGAUAAGUGUUAUUAUUUAGUAGUAGCUGUUGAUACUUUA